UUGAGCCGACCCACCCAUGACAUAGCAUGAUCUUUAACUUUUCACAAACGAAACUCAAAACUGUGGACGUUAACGUCAAGUAAAACGUUAACCUUAAGAAGCUUCAUCCCACUUGCUUUAAGAAUGAAUACGUGCUGUAGCUAGUUACAGAUCUCUUCUGGCAUCAAAAUAGAGGUCCGUUUUUUUGUCAUCUCCUGCCCACUUCUGACCUCAUGUGAGGCUGGGCGAGGGAGAGGCUGAGAGGAGACGGGAGCAUGGCCGCUUUUGGGAACGCCCGCGCCACCAAAGUGACCAAGGCGGCGCGCCUCAAGGAGGACGGAGCGUUGAGCGCCCCCACCGUCCCGGGUCGGAACGGCUCCGACCCCCGCGACUCCGGGUCCCACGCCGCCAUGCUGGAGAAGACCCAGGAGUUCUUCCAGAUAUGUGACAUCGAGGACAAGGGGUUCAUCACUCGCAGGGACAUGCAGAGACUCCAUGGAGAGCUACCCCUCAGCGCGGAGGAGCUGGAGAACGUCUUUGACACGCUGGAUGCUGACGGGAAUGGCUACCUCACACUGGAGGAGUUCUCCUCGGGAUUCAGUCACUUCCUGUUUGGACGGCGGAUCUCCGUGGUGGAGGUGACGGAGGAGCCGGCCUCUCCCCAGAGUCCCCCGGAGGCGCUGUACCAGAGCCAGUGGGAGGAGCGGCUAGCGGGGAGCGAGGACGACGAGGAGAAGCACUUCUGCAUCCUCAUGGAGAGCCUGGGUGCCAACAACGUGUUCGAGGACCCAGGGGAGGUGCGCAGUCUGUGGGCCCAGCUCCGCCGGGACGAGCCCCACCUCCUGUCCAACUUCGAGGAGUUCCUGGCUCGAGUCACCGUCCAGAUCAACGAGGCCAACCAGGAGAAGAGGGAGAUGGAGAGCGCGCUCAAAAGGAAAGCGGCGACGCAUGAUGAUGAGAUUCAGCGCCUGUACGAAGAGAUGGAGCAGCAGAUCAAGAACGAGAAGGACCGCAUCCUACUGCAGGACUCGGAGCGCUUCAUGUCCCGCAGCCAGGACCUGGAGUAUCAGCUGUCCCACAAGGAGCUGGAGCUGGAGCAGCUCUUCCAGAAGCAGAGGAGGCUGGAGCUGCAGUGCAGAGAGCUGCACAGCGAGCAGCACGAGACCAAGGUGGAGAACGUGAAGCUGAAGCAGACCAACGAGGAGCUCCUGCGGGAGCUGGAGCACACCUGCCAGGAGCUGGCGCUGGCGCAGGAGCAGCUCACCCUGCUGCAGGUCCAGGCCUCCCGGCUGCACGACGAGAGGGAGCUGGAGCUGUACAGGGUUACAGAGGGGAUGCAGAGAGAGAGGGCGAGCCUUCUCAAACAGCUUGACCUGCUGAGGGAAAUGAACAAGCAUUUACGAGAUGAGAGAGAUAUGUGUUUCCUUAAACCCAAGAAUUCAGCCAGAAAAGCUUCGCGGAAGCAGAGAUCAGGUUCAAUCGGCCUUAAAUACUCAGAGAGAAAACAGUCCCAGAAAAGUGAGGAUGAGGAGGAAGUGACAUCACUCUCCAGGAGGAAGGACUCUGGGGGCAUGAACGGGCAUGGCCCCGCCCCCGGCCAGGAGGGUCAGGGUGCGGGUAAACCCGGGGUCAGAGGGCAGCUCGGGAGAAUCAUCUCCAUCGAGGAGGAUCACCUGCCGCAACUCCUGCAGGAUCAGUACGAGGCCCAGCUGCAGGAGUGGAGUGAGGAAGAGGAGGAUGAGGAGGAGGAGCACACCGACCUGGAAAUGAGUAACAUCUUCCCAGCCAGUCCCACCGCCGCUGUCCCUGUCACCCCAGAAGAGCCUCCACCCACUGACCACGGGGUCCCGUCACCUAGCAACGGAGACACCCCUUCGUCCCCCAGAGGACAGCCCGUGGGAAAGGAAACGGUCCUUCACGAGGAGGGUGUGGUCACCACCCCAGACCGCCUCUUUAAGAUCGUCCUGGUGGGGAACUCCAGCGUGGGAAAGACCUCGCUGCUGCGCCGCUUCUGUGACGACUGCUUUUACCCGGGCACCUCCGCCACCGUGGGUAUUGACUACAGUGUGAAGACUUUAACAGUGGAGAACAGCCAGGUGGCGCUGCAGAUGUGGGACACAGCUGGGCAGGAGAGGUACCGCAGCAUCACCAAGCAGUUCUUCCGCAAGGCGGACGGUGUGGUGGUCAUGUAUGACAUCACCUCGGUGCAGACCUUCACGGCCGUGCGGCAGUGGCUGACCAGUGUGCAGGAAGGGGCAGGAGAGGAUGUUCCCAUCAUGCUCCUGGGGAACAAAACUGACAAGGAGAGCGAGAGGGAAGUCCAGGACAGAGUGGGCGACAAAUUAGCCAAGGACUCCCAGCUGAUCUUCUACGAGUGCAGUGCUCUCUCUGGCCACAAUGUGGUGGAGUCCAUGGUCCACCUUGCCAAGAUCCUGAAGGAGCAGGAGGACAGGGAGAAGCAGAGGACUGUGCAGCUGGUGGACGACCCCUCCAGAAAGAAAUCCUGCUGUUCCAGAAUGUAGAGAGUCCGGCCGGGGUCUGACUGCCACCACUGUUUCUGCCACCGCUUCCCUUUGACCUUUAACCUGUAACCUUUAACCUUUAGCCACAAUCAGGCCUUGCCUGGUGAACCCCACUGCUUUAAUCACUCUCUCCGCGUUCUCUGCUGCCACUCUUGUUUCGUUACGCUGUGAAUCUGGAAGCACGUUCAUGUAAUGUUUUAGAGCCAGAGCUUAGCACCGGAGGUGAGGAAAUGUUGAGUCUAGCCUUGACUGCGUCAAUAGGAAGGAAAUCCACCUAAAUUCUAACAGGGGUUAAUUAAAUCAUGAAAUAUUAUCA